UGUCAAGCGGCGGUGAAGUUGGAAUUGUGGUUGUUGUCAUAUGUAGGGUUCUCUAAUUAACCUGUGAUGAUCUUGUUUAAUGUUUAUCAUAUUUUGUUCUAUUUAUGAUUUUUUCAUUGGUUUAGUGGUUUUUUUCUUUCUUUCUAAUUGAACACUGUCUAUUUUGCAGUAAUAAUUGUUGUUAAGCUAUCCAUUUUGGCUUGUGCAUGCAGAAAGAGAUUUCCGGUAAGUGAUGGAUCCAUUAGUCAAGAUUCACAAAUCCUAGCAGUAACUAUAAAUAAUUUUCUGAAAAAUAUGGAAAGGGAAAAGCCAAUAAGAUUCACUAGUCAACAACUUAGGAUUGCAACAGACAACUACUCCAACUUGUUAGGGUCAGGUGGAUUUGGUACAGUUUAUAAAGGAAUUUUUAAUAAUGGAACAAUGGUAGCUGUGAAGGUUCUACGUGGAAGUUCCGAUAAGAAAAUUGAAGAACAAUUUAUGGCAGAAGUUGGAACAAUUGGCAGAAUUCAUCACUUCAAUCUUGUUAAGCUAUUUGGAUUUUGCUUUGAGAAAAACUUGAUAGCACUUGUUUAUGAAUACAUGGGAAAUGGAUCACUUGAUAGGUAUUUGUUGCAUGAAAAAAAUGCCUUAGGUUAUGAAAAGCUUCAUGAGAUUGCAAUUGGUACGGCAAGAGGCAUUGCUUACUUGCAUGAAUUGUGUGAACAUAGAAUAGUCCACUACGAUAUAAAACCAGGAAAUAUUCUCUUGGAUGGGAAUUUCAAUCCUAAAGUUGCUGAUUUUGGUUUGGCAAAACUUUGUAACCGGGAAAAUACUCAUAUAACGAUGACUGGGGGAAGGGGGACGCCCGGUUAUGCUGCACCUGAGCUUUGGAUGCCAUUUCCUAUAACUCAUAAAUGUGAUGUUUAUAGUUUUGGUAUGCUGUUAUUUGAAAUUGUUGGUAGGAGAAGAAACCUUGACAUUAAAAAUACAGAAAGCCAAGAGUGGUUUCCAAUUUGGGUUUGGAAAAAAUUUGAUGCUGGACUAUUGGAGGAGGCAAUGAUAGUUUGUGGAAUAGAAGAGAAAAAUAGAGAGAUUGCUGAGAGAAUGGUUAAGGUAGCUUUAUGGUGUGUUCAAUAUAGGCAACAAUUAAGGCCUAUGAUGAGUGAUGUUGUGAAAAUGUUGGAAGGUUCAUUAGAAAUUCCAAAGACUUUUAACCCAUUUCAACAUUUGAUUGAUGAGACUAAGUUUACAACUCAUUCAGACCAAGAGUCAAAUACUUAUACAACUAGUGUUUCUUCUGUUAUGGUAAGUGAUUCCAACAUUGUAUGUGCUACUCCUAUUAUGAGGAAGUAUGAGAUUGAAUUGGCAUCUAGCACAGAGUGAUGGAAGGUUUCCAUAUUGUAAUUGAGUUGUAAAAUAAUUUCAAUUCUACUACUAGUUUAUCUCAACCGAAUCUAUUUUAUUUCAUGUCCUAUUA